AUGUCUCCAAGCUCUUCAACCCCGAAGUUCCGCAACCUCCCACUUAGCACUAGCGGUCCCAUUGACUGCGCCCUGACAGGUGCUGCCCUUCUCAACUCGGCCUACUUGAACAAGGGCUCUGCAUUCCCAGCCGAUGAGCGUCGUCAGUUCAAUCUCACCGGCCUGCUCCCCCAGGGUAUCCAGACACUCGAACAGCAAUGCAAGCGCGCGUACCAGCAAUAUUCGACACGAGCGGAUGAUUUGGCCAAGAACACAUUUCUCACGUCUCUCAAUGAUCAAAAUGAGGUCCUAUACUACAAGCUGUUGCAACUCCAUCUUAAGGAGAUGAUGAGUGUAGUGUAUACUCCAACUGAAGGCGAUGCCAUCCAAAAUUACUCUCGACUAUUCAGACGCUCGGAGGGUUGUUUUCUCAAUAUCGAUGACCAGGACAGAGUGCUUCACGAUCUAGCUCAAUGGGGGAAGCCAGAGGAUAUCGACUACAUCGUCGUGACCGAUGGCGAGGAAAUCCUGGGCAUUGGUGACCAGGGCGUAGGCGGUGUCCUGAUUUCCGUCGCCAAGCUCGUAUUGACGACGCUUUGCGGCGGCCUUCAUCCAAAUCGCACCUUGCCCGUCGUUCUAGAUUGCGGGACUGACAACGAGGACCUCCUGAACGACGACUUGUACCUAGGCCUUAGACAGAAGCGCGUUCGAGGUGAGAGGUAUGACGCUUUCGUCGACACUUUCGUCAGUGCCGCGCGAAAACUAUACCCACAGGCUUAUAUCCACUUCGAGGACUUUGGUCUUGGCAAUGCAAGACGCAUCCUUGAUCGAUACCGCCCUGAGUUCGCCUGCUUCAACGACGAUGUCCAUGGCACCGGCUGCGUUACUCUGGCGGCCAUAAUGGCGGGCCUGCAUGUGAGCGGCCAAAAGCUGCCCGAUAUCCGCAUGGUUGUCUUUGGAGCUGGCAGCGCUGGCGUGGGUAUCGCAGACCAAGUUCGGGACGCUAUAGCUGCCGAGGGAGGUAUCAGUCAUGAUGAGGCUGCAAAGCAGAUUUGGUUGAUUGACAAGCCCGGCCUCCUGACAACUGAUACCGACACCUCGGACGCCCAGAAAGGCUUUGCCAAAAGCGCUUUGGAGUGGAAAUACAAAGACACAACACUCCAGUCUGUCAUCGAGACUAUCAAACCCAACGUCCUCAUCGGUACAUCCACUGUCCCAGGCGCCUUCACCGAGUCCAUCGUCAAAGCCAUGGCCAAAAACACGCCUCGCCCCAUCAUCCUCCCGCUUUCCAACCCCACACGCCUCCACGAAGCCAAGCCCGCCGACCUCCUCGCCUGGACCGAUGGCAAAGCCCUCGUGGCGACCGGCUCGCCCUUCGAUCCGGUCACGGGGCCGUGGGGCGAGUCGGGUGCGGAUGUAACGAUCGACAUUGCCGAGUGUAACAACUCGGUCGUCUUCCCGGGGAUCGGCCUCGGCUGUGUACUCGCCCGCGUCGCACACCUUACGGAUCGCAUGCUCGUUGCUGCUGUGGAGGGUCUCGCAGCACUGAGUCCCGCUCUGACUGACUCGACGGCGCCCCUGUUGCCAGACGUGAGCUCCGUCCGUGAUGUGAGCGUCAGGAUCGCGCGGAAUGUCAUCCAGACGGCCAUCGAGGAGGGUGAAGCGAUGGAAGAGGACAUCCCUUCAUCCGAGGAGGAGCUGGAGGAGUGGAUUCGAGAGCAGAUGUGGAAUCCGGUAUAUAGGCCACUCAAGUUUGUAGAGAUGGAGGGUGCGACCAGAGCGGCAAGAGGAGAGUUGAAGAGGGCGGGAACAUUCUCCACGGAGACAUAG